CGCACACACCCAAACCAACACACACACACACACAUGCAUGGCAGAGGAGGGUUCGCCAUUGUCCUUUGGCAUAGAUACAAAUACAGUGAAGCAUCGCUUACCUGCCAUUUGCGGCAUUGUGAGUGAUCGAACAAGGGCGGAGCGUAAAUGGCAACAGUUGCUGCUAAAUGGUGACUAAAUGGCCGAACACACUCGCCGCCACACACUCAAACAACCCUCGAAUUGGCCCUCAGGGGUGUGUGGAAGUGGAAGUGGAAAACCAACCCCCAGGACAGGGUCUUGAGGUAUAUAAGAGCCGGGUGAGGGCGCAGCAGCCAGACAGUCUCGCACAGUCAGCGAUCGUGUUCAGUAGUUCAUCUCGUUCAUCUCAGUUGAAAGAGGAAAUAAGCGAAGAAGCCAAGAUGUCACGUUCCUUUUUGAUGGAUUCCCUACUCAGCGACAGGCCCAACUUGAGCCAGAAGAAGGAGAAGCUGGGAUCGCCAGGAGGAAGUCCUGCGGCUGCUGCUGCAGUGGCCGCAGCUGCCAUGUUACCGUCGAUACCAAUGCUGCCCUAUCCGGCCAGCUAUGUGGGCAGCUAUCUUUUCUCCUUGGGCAUCCAGCAGCAACAGCAACAGCAGCAACAACAGCAGCAGCAGCAACACGCAGCAGCGGCAGCCGCAGCAGCAGCAGCAGCAGCAGCAGCUGCCUUGCAGCAACAUCCACAUGUCAGCUCGAGUCCUGGUUCUCUCUACCAUCCAUACGCGCAGCUGUUCGCCAGCAAGAGGAAGUCCAGCGGAUUCAGCAACUACGAAGGCUGUUAUCCUUCGCCACCGCUCUCGGCCAAUCCCAACUCGCAGCAAUUGCCGCCAUUGCACAACCUUUACGGAUCUCCAGUUGUGGGCGGAUUACCCUUGCCGGAACCUGGCAGCUUCUGCACCUCACCAUCCGCCUCGUCAUCCGCCUCCUUGGAUUACACCAAUAACUUUGAUGAGCCGCAGGGCAAGCGAUUCAGGCACGAGUCCUCCUGCUCACCGAACAGCUCACCGCUGAAGAGCCACUCCGCGGCAGGUCCUGCCGAGAUCACGCCCUUGAUCAACGACUAUGCCGACUCCAGCAAAAGGAUUCGCACUGCCUUCACCAGCACCCAGCUGCUGGAACUCGAGCGGGAAUUCUCGCACAACGCCUACCUUUCCCGCCUGCGUCGCAUCGAAAUCGCCAACAGAUUGCGCCUCUCCGAGAAGCAGGUGAAGAUCUGGUUCCAGAAUCGACGUGUCAAGCAGAAGAAGGGCGGCUCCGAAAGUCCCACCUUCAAUCUCUCGACCAACUCCAAUGGAAGUCCCCAAGCAUCUCCAGCGUCGCCCACAGUCAAAGUUCACGAACUGAAAGUUGAGGCGUAGAAUCAGCUAGUAUAAGAAUUAUGUAAUUGUACAGUAGAUCUUAGUCUGUUUUCAGCCUUAAGUAUGUUAAGUUAAAGUAAAUAAAUUUUAAUCAAAAUGAAAA